AUGAAUCCUCUCGCGAGGGCGUUGCAGCUGCAGCACACCCGCUGCGAGGUCUAUCAUCUGUGGGACGCCAAGUUUCAUCUCGCGCUGUCCGGCGCACUGAGUGCAGCGGACCUGUCUGGGAUUCUUAACGACACCAUCAUCACCGCUUUUCAGCAAGUGAGCUCGUCGUUGCGCCAGCUGCAAGAUGCCGUUCGGGGAGAGACGGGAGCGGAAGGAGACGAGGCUGCUGCGCUGCAAUUUUUAGAUGCAUGGAUCGAUCGCCUCCAGCGCAUUGAACAGGAGCACUACCACACCUCCGUUCGCUUGUCGCAACGCAUCGCUGAGCACUGUACUGCCAUGCCACCCGCGCAACCUGGCACGAGGGAGACGGCUACGACGUGCGAGGUGACGACGGAUGUGGUACAGGGUAGUAGUGUGAAGGCGACCCCCACAGAGCAUCGUGGACCUUGUGCAAGCCUGCACGACGCGGAGCUGUGCUUACUGCGGCAAUUAGUGCCCAUGACGACCCAAAAGGCCUUUAAGUUUGUCUCGUGUCGUGAUGCCACGUCGUUUUCCUCCGAUGAUGAAGAUGGUAACGCACAGGACGAGUGUGGCGGGCAAGAGGCGAACAACGCAAUCGGCGAGGAGGAGCAGGUGUCUUUUAUGCUACCGUCUGGUGUCGCGGCGGUGUACGCCCCGCGGAGGGUGCGGCAGUGCUGCCAAACUUUCAACGAGGCGGUGCUGCCGCUAUGGAGUGCGAAGCGGAGUCUGAUGCAGCAGCUGCAGGAGUGGACGGAGGAGCUGCAGGCGGAGCUGGCCAGUGUGGCCGCACCUAAAUAA